AGUCCCCCACCCCCCCACCUCCAAAACUGUCACACGUGUACUCUCGCUUCAGUUAAAGCUGGCUCCUGAGCCGCUCCGACUCCUGUUUGUUUCAUUAGCUCCUCGGUUCCUUCACGGUGGAAGGGAGGUGAUUCUCUCCGCCGCCAUUUUUGGGGAACUGCUUAUUCGUAAAGAAACUUUGCUAGCUGCUUCCUAACGUUAGCAGCUAGCUGGUUGGCCAGUACCCUGCCUGCCUUCCCUGCAGCUCGUUGUGACAGUUUAAGCUUGGCAGUCAGUCGUUAUCCAGCUCAGCUCUUUGCUUCGCUUUCAUAUAAAUAUUUAUUAUUUUACUUGCUGACGAAAAUCGGUUAUUGCUAAGGAGAAUAAUCGGGCUGGGCAGAAUGACCGUCUGUAUUUGGGUAGGGCAAUUAUGCGGUUAGAUUAGCGAAUUAGCAUUGCUAACUUAUCGGCUAGCGAAUUCCGCACUCUGAUUUGCCCGGAUUGCUUUGCCUGCCCGUGAUUUAGCCACAGACACCUUGCCCUGCUCUGUUUCCGAGUAACCGGAUUAAGCAGCCGUUCAUACCCCCACUUCAUCUCAACCUGUUUGGAUUCAUUUUUCUUUUCUUGACAAGGCGCCCAUGUACUGGUUCCUUAGGGUCAUCGAUUACCGCAGAUGAAUCUUCAGCUGCUUUGCCAUAGCUCAGCAGCCAGAUAGUCCCAUCGCCUUUGCGUGGGUGAUAAGGGACUACAUUAACCAGGAUGCCCUCCUCCGUAAGGGCAGGGAGCCUCAAGGAUCCGGAGGUGGCUGAGCUUUUCUUCAAAGAAGAUCCAGAGAAGCUUUUCUCCGACCUCCGAGAAAUUGGCCAUGGCAGCUUUGGCGCCGUCUACUUUGCACGGGAUGUGCGCACAAACGAGGUGGUGGCAAUUAAAAAGAUGUCCUACAGUGGCAAACAGUCUAAUGAGAAAUGGCAGGACAUCAUAAAGGAGGUGAAGUUCCUCCAAAGGAUCCGGCACCCCAACAGUAUAGAAUAUAAAGGAUGUUACCUCCGUGAGCACACAGCAUGGCUGGUGAUGGAGUACUGUCUUGGCUCGGCCUCUGACCUGCUAGAAGUUCAUAAAAAACCUUUACAAGAAGUUGAGAUUGCUGCCAUCACACAUGGUGCUCUGCAGGGGCUGGCCUACCUUCAUUCCCAUAAUAUGAUCCACAGGUCUAUGGAUGAAGGCCAGUAUGAUGGAAAGGUGGACGUCUGGUCCUUAGGGAUUACCUGUAUAGAAUUAGCGGAGAGGAAGCCUCCCUUGUUUAACAUGAAUGCAAUGAGUGCCUUAUACCACAUAGCGCAGAAUGAGAGCCCCACGCUGCAGUCCAGUGAAUGGUCAGAAGAUUUUAGAAACUUUAUCGAUUCUUGCCUUCAGAAAAUCCCCCAGGACCGACCGCACUCUGACGACAUGUUGGGUCACGAGUUUCUGCAACGUGAGCGUCCAGACUCUGUGCUGAUGGACCUCAUUCAGAGAACCAAGGAUGCCGUACGAGAACUGGAUAACCUGCAGUACCGAAAGAUGAAGAAGAUCCUCCUUCAGGAGGCCCACAAUGGGCCCACUUCAGAAGCCCAGGAUGCAGACGAGGACCUGGAGCCUGGUGGAGGUCGGACAGGAACGGUGAACAGCGUUGGCAGUAAUCAGUCCAUCCCCAGCAUGUCUAUCAGUGCUAGCUCCCAGAGCAGCUCUGUCAACAGCCUGAAUGAAGCAGCCCAGGACAGCCGCAGUGAGCUGGACCUAAUGGAAGGAGAUCACACAGUCAUGUCCAACAGCUCAGUCAUACACCUCAAACCGGAGGAAGAAGAGAGUCUCUCUUUGGAACAAGCGGCCACCAGUGAGCCCACUGAGCCCCAGCCAACACCAGCUCAGGCCCCGAGGAAGCACUACCGCAACAGAGAGCACUUUGCCACUAUACGCACAGCAUCACUUGUGACACGUGAGAUGCAAGAACACGAGCAGGACUCGGAGCUGAGGGAGCAGAUGUCAGGAUACAAACGCAUGAGGCGGCAACAUCAGAAGCACCUAAUGGCCCUGGAGAACAAGCUGAAAGGGGAAAUGGAUGAGUGGCAGGAGCUGAGUGAGAACCAGUCAACACCAAAAAAAGAGAAGCAGGAGUGGCUGUCCAAGCAGAAAGAGAACAUCCAACACUUCCAGGCUGAGGAGGAGGCUAACCUGCUGAGGAGACAGAGGCAGUAUCUGGAGCUGGAGUGUAGGCGGUUCAAACGCAGGAUCCUCAUCGCCAGACACAAUGUGGAGCAGGACCUGGCCAGAGAGGAGCUGAACAAACGUCAAACGCAGAAGGAUCUGGAGCAUGCAAUGCUGCUGAGGCAUCACGAGUCCAUGCAGGAGCUGGAGUUCAGGCAUCUGGCUACAAUCCAGAAGGCCCGGGCAGAGCUGAUACGCACCCAGCACCAGACAGAGCUCACUAACCAGCUGGAGUACAAUAAGAGGAGGGAGAGGGAGCUGAGGCGCAAGCAUGUCAUGGAGGUCCGGCAGCAGCCCAAAAGCCUGAAGUCUAAGGAGCUUCAGAUUAAGAAGCAGUUUCAGGAGACCUGCAAAACGCAGACUCGGCAGUACAAGGCCCUCAGGAACCAUCUGCUCGAGACAACACCCAAGUCCGACCACAAGGCUGUCCUAAAGAGGCUGAAGGAGGAGCAGACUAGGAAGCUGGCCAUCCUUGCUGAGCAGUAUGACCACUCCAUCAAUGAAAUGCUCUCCACACAGGCUCUGCGGUUGGAUGAAGCUCAGGAGGCGGAGUGUCAGGUGCUGAGGAUGCAGUUGCAGCAGGAGCUUGAGCUGCUCAAUGCUUACCAGAGCAAAAUCAAGAUGCAGACAGACGCACAGCACGACAAGGAGAGAAGGGAGCUGGAGCAGAGGGUGUCUCUGCGGCGGGCUCUGCUGGAGCAGAAAAUCGAGGAGGAAAUGCUUUCCCUGCAAAACGAGCGUCUGGAGCGAAUCCGCUCACUGCUGGAGCGCCAGGCCCGAGAGAUUGAGGCUUUUGACUCGGAGUCCAUGCGACUGGGCUUCAGCAACAUGGUGCUCACUAACCUGGCUCCCGAUUCUCAGGGAGGCUGGGGAGGAGGAGGAGGCCAGGGGGCUCAGGGGGGAGGCCACUGGCCGGGAGGAGGUGGAGGAAGCAGUCACCAUAGUCAUCACCAGGGGGGCUCCAGCUCACAGCAGUCCUGGGGUCACCCCAUGCUGGCUGGGGGCCCACCACCCUGGAGCCUCCACCACCCUGGUGGGGGUAGUCAGAGGGGUAGCCAAGGAGGUGCAGGAGGGGUGAGGAACAGCCCGCAGGCUAUGAGGAGGACGUCAUCAGGGGGGAGGAGUGAACAGGGCAUGAGCAGGAGCGCCAGCAUCACCUCUCAGAUCUCCAAUGGAUCCCACCUGUCAUACACCUAAAAUACACACGCACACACAAAUUGUCUUAAAGCUAAUAUCUCGCUCCGAGAUAACUGUACACAGACACACAUCACGCACAUACCACAGUACAUCUCGCACUGCACAGUACUGAGGCUGGGUUUACCUGAGCCCAGCCGCUCUCCUGUCACCACUGCUCUACAUCAGUGUACUGCUAGCAGCAGUCUGUGGAAACCCAGAAGACUUGAGACUAAUAAGAUACCCGAGGGCCAUUUACAGUAGUGCAAUAGUAGUUUUCUUGUUGUUUUUUGUUUUUUUUACUGCAGCAUACACUGCUGUGUGUGUUUGUUACUGCCGUAUUAGUCUCUGUUGCCACAAUCCCAAACUAGUGUGUUAAUUUUCUAUUGAGUGGUUUGUUUGCCAUCUUCUGUUUCGCAGUUUUCUGUUUUAAACCCAAGUGGGACCGAUUGUGCACAAAGGUGCUGAGCUUGUCCUUCAAACCAGAUUUAAACUGAUGAAAAGUUAAAUUAGAUUAUUUAUGUGUAGUUGGGGGAAGACUAGAGAACAGAAGGACUGUUUCAAGCGACGCUUGACGCAGCUGAGGAAGUAAAUGGACUGAGAAAGAGAGCGAAGGUCGUUGCAAGUGAAUAGGUGUGGGUGUUGCUGACUGUUUAGCUGCAGUGCAGGGGGACAGUUGUGGUGACAGUAUUAAUUCCAGCUCCAAAGCUAAUCCAGCUGACUUGACGUGAGAAGUUUCAGCGAGAUCAUUUUCAUGGAAAACAAAGCUGCGUACGUUCUGGUGCGAGUGCCAUGUGGGUUUCUUGAGGACCGUGAGCCCAGCUGCCAAAGGUAAAGGUGCAGAGUUGGAUUUGUCGUUAUAGCUACUCAUGCCAACAAUACUGUGGUGUAAUGAAACACAUUGUGCCAGAGCAAGGCAGUUCGGUGGACAUUAAUGCCACGUGGCCAAGGGAGCCACUUGUCCUUCGUGUUCAGCUCUGUUAUCUCAGCUCUUGGGUUUCCACAGGCCUCUGGCCUUCACUCACACCUGCCCAGUGGAAGGCCAGUCUGAAGGGCACUUGGAUCCUUAUUAGUCUGCAGGCCCUAUGACAGAGAUGGGUUUUCAGCAGCACCUAACCUCAACUUUGAACAGUUUCAAAACUGGUGUUCACUCAUCACUUGUUUGCAAUACAAUUUCAAUCUGAUUUGGCACCAUUUUAGUGAUGCACUAUGCAGUUAGAAAUAACAACAACAAGAAAAGAGAAAAAAAAUUACACAAGCCUUUUGGCCUACCUCAAGAACACUCAAGUUAGAGCCUUGAAUGUCUUGAUUUGCACUUUGGCGUAGGCUUUCACCCACUCUUAAUUGUUAAUCGGACACAUUUACACAAACAUGUAGUGGCUAUUCAUUUUAUUCGCCCAGGCAAACAUUACGUAAGCCUGGUUUAUAAAUGCAUGUGCGUUGAAAAUAGCACACUUAGCCUUUGUGAGCUGAGUUGGAUGUAAAUUGGCAACACAGUCAGCAGCAGCAGGCAAAUUUAUUAAUGUAUAAAAACAUCCGUGAAGCUUUGGGAAGAAUUAUUAUUCACAGUUGCCCGAAAUGCCUUUUUGUUAUUUUGUUAUUUUCUUUAUUUCAUUAUUUUUUUUUAAACCUUCUAAGACCCUACAGUGAAAACAAAUGAACACAGAGUGAGGAGGAGCUUCACUAGCCCUCAGCUUGGUUGGUGACUGCUGAACGUUUUUGAAGAGUGGAUGGGUGGUGAUGCUGGGAUCUCCGCUGCCAUGCCCCUGCAACCUUCCCCGGUCUGACACCCCGCUCUGUCUCACCCCUGAUGACCACAAUGUCACAUUCUGACCACCGAUCUUGUCCCCCAGCAUCCCUCCGCCUACGUUUCCUCCCCUCUGGAUCCUCCUUUUUGUUUUGGUUUUUUUGGUCUUCGCUCCUUCGCUCCCCUCCUUGAUCUUUGUGGAAAGAGCUGUCUCAAGUCCAACAAAAGAAGAAAGAAAUAUAUAUAAAUGUUAUAAAUCUAUAAAGAAGGAUUAUAGAGAUGUAAAGGUGGAAAGUGUUAUUGUGAAACAGAGUUUAUGCAUUAUGUUGCUGCAGAGGUGGAAUGUACAGGAAAAGCGUGUUAAUAUUGUAUAUUUUGAAUCUGAACAUGUGGAGAUCGAAUCGACAAAUCAAAGACGAGUUAACUUGCGAUGCAGGCACAGCGGUGCGUGGCUUUAGAGCGGCGGCAGUUGAACGAUGGAUCGAUUCGCGGCUGCUGAGUUUUUCACUGUCUUAUUUGCAGCUGCGAGUUCUCGAACUUGUUACAGAUAUGCUGUUGUGAAUGAUAACAACACAACUGUAGGUCAGAUUGCCUCGAGUAAACGGCAACACUUUGUUUUGUAGUGUAUGAGGAUGAUUUUGCACAUAAUUUGAAAACUAGUUAGGUGGAGCCUUUGCUCGAGCACUGGCUAUGUGUUACUGACGUUGUACCCCAUAGUGAAGACUCAGCCUCUCUGCUUCAUAUCUUGGUGGUUUUUAAAAGACUUAGAGCUAAAGUAAAGGUUAUAACAUGAGGGGGGAAAGUCUUUUUAAAGAUUUAUUUAAGGAAAAAAAGAAGAAGUGUUAAAAUCUGAAAUGGCUAAAAUAGUUUCCAGAUUCUUGCUGUAGACAGUAAACAUUUUUGUCUUGUAGGGUCCACUGACCUUACAUUUUCUGAUCUGUGCACCAAGAGCCCUGUUUGUUUAUGGUUCGACACAAACCAUUUUCACACUGCACUUAAUGAGUUGCCUUUGGUGUGUGGGGGGGGGAAAAGUACCAACCUGUACUCAGUAGUUUGAAUCUCUUUUUUGGCUCAGAAACAAAGCGCCAGUAUGCCAUUGUACCAACUUUCCCCCAGGUCUUUUUAGUGUUUUUAUGCCAGAAGGGGUGUUUUUAAUUUCCAGAUGAUGUCUGCAGAGGGCCAAACGAGUGGUGGACUUUUAGACCUUCUCUUGUGUUUACUAGAACUCCCAGGUGUUUUGCGAGGCAGUCUACCUUUAGACCUCGGUCACUCUGAACUGGAUCAGUUGCACUGAUUGCACAAGUGACUGACCAGAUUAAAGAGUCUACUGUGAUCCACCCCCCUAACUCUCAGUGUUGGGGUUGGGGGAGGAGGUGACUGCCAUUGCUGAAAGUAGGUGGGAGGCAGGCUUAUGUCUCUGUACAGUCUGUUUUAUCAGUAUUCCUUUUAUCUCCUGUCAUUUGGUGGAUCUUGCUGUUUUAUUCUCCCUGGUCCAGAGAUCUGUAUUAAACUGUAUUAAAUGUAUAGAUUGUGCAGAAAGCUGAAUGUUGCAUAGCAGAAGAGAAAAGAUAUUCCUUACAGAUGACAAAGUAAAAUGUAUAAAUAAAACUCAAAGGCAAAGUUUAGGGGAUAAAUGUAAUAUUUUGUUUGUAAUUACUAUUUUUUGUUGGAAGAGGGCUACUGGAUAAAGAAUCAUCUGUAAUAAAAUAAUUUUAAUAUU